AUGUCAGCUACUGUGCAGGCCUCGCUCAGAGCGGCGACCUGGCUCGCGGACCGCGUGCUGGAGAGCGCGGUGGUCUCAGAGGCGGGUUCCUGUGCGAUUGCCGUGCAGGUGUUCGGCGGCGUGCGCGUCGCUGUCGGGACCGUGCUGAUCGGAGGAGUGCUCCUGGGCGUGCAGUGGCGCGCGGGCGGGAGCUGGCAGGCGCGCGUCGUCGUGGGCUUCGCCACCGCCGCCGAGUUCACGACAGAGCGGAACGAGAUCCUAUACAUGAUCACGCCCGACGGCGACAUGUAUCCCCACGUGCUGCACACCGACGCGAUCCAGGGCGCAGUGAGAGUCCUCCGAGGGCAGAAGGACCGCGCGUCAGUGGUUGGCACGGCCCCAGCCGCCAACGCGAGGUCGUACGGCGCCGACUGGACACCCGAGUCACGGGAGUUCCUGGAGGCGGUGGCGGCCGCGUCGGCACGGUCCUUCACCGAGGUGGAGGCGACGGGGUGGUAUAUCAUCGCGGGCAGCGAUCAGAGCAGCUCUGCCAAGCUGCCCAGUCUGUCGGUGGACUUCGGGGUGAUCGGCGAGGGCCUCGGCUUCGUGAAGGUCGGCAACAGCAGCUCUCUCGUGCAGUACGGGAGCCCAGAGACGGCCCUCGACGCACGGGUGCUGGCGAUCCACGAGAGCGCAGGGGACGGUCGUCACCUGGGGUUCCGCGAGGGCGUGAAGCAGCUCACGGAGACUUCCUGGCCGUCCUGGCCCUUGCUAAGCCCGAGGACCGCGGGUUGGGUGUGUCGCUUCAUUCGGGCCCAGGAUGUAGCGCCUCGCUCCCGCCACGCUCUGUUCAAGGCAGAGGCGGGGCUGUCGUCUUCAGAUCCAGGGGUCGACUUUCACGAGUUCUGUCUGCGUCUGCUGCAGAUCGGCAUUCCGUUUGACCAGCUGAACGUGUCAGAGCUCGUGAUCUUUGAGCUGAUCUGCAGGAAGGCGCAGAUGAUUGAGUAUAAGUACAGGGACAGGUAUCUCCACCGCGUGGGCGCGGCGGGCGAUGAUCUGGCCGAUGAUGAGCACAUCUACCUCGGCACGUCGGAGACCCGCGGUCUCAUGAUGAUCUCGCCCGCCCUCUCAAGCUACGUGGCAGAUGAGUUGCAAAAGGAGGCGAGCGUCCUCAAGGAGAGACGCAAAGUACGAGAGGAGAGAUCGACAGCUCGGCGUGGCGGCGCAGGCGGCAGCGGAGGCCACGACAACUCAGCGGGCCUGCAGAGCCGCGCCGACAAGCUGGCGAGCGAGAACAAGUUCCUGAAGGAGAAGUUGGCGGCCAUCGACCCGAAGGGGAAAGGCAAAUCAGGAGCGGCUGCGGCCGCGGAUGGCAAGUGA